CUUCAACACGCGCAGAAAACCAAACUCUCACUUCCAUCACACGUCCUCGAAUCCGGUCCAGACGGUAACGGAACCUUGACAGGCUCAUAAAUUGGUCUUUCAGCUCUACAUCUUCUGUUGCUGACAUGGCUCAGCCUCCUCCACCAGCAAAGACUGUUCAGGAAUCGGUGUCGGAUGGAGAAGCAGUAAAAGAAGGAUAUGCUUAUACAGAUGGCAAGGUUGCAACUUCUGGUGAAGCUAUUCAUGUUAUGGAGGUUCCUGUCAUUGACCUUGGCCUUCUUGCGUCUUCACCAUCAGCUGCAGGAGAAUUGUUUAAACUCCGUUCGGCUCUCGCUUUGUGGGGAUGUUUCCAGGCAAUAAAUCAUGGAAUGAGCGGCUCUUUUCUAAGUAAAGUGCGUGAGCUCAUGGGGCAAUUCUUUGCCCUUCCAAUGGAGGAGAAGCAGAAAUAUGCUAGCCCUGCGGAUGACAUGGAAGGGUAUGGAAAUGACAUGGUCCUAUCAGAGCAACAGGUAUCAGAUUGGAAUGAGCGGUUGCUCCUCAUCAUAUCCCCCAAAGAUCAGAGAAAACUGGAUGUCUGGCCUCGAAAGCCCGAAAGCUUCAGGGAAAGAGUACAGGAGUACUCAGUAAAGUUACGAGCGAUCGUAGGUGUCGUGCUCAAGGCCAUUUCUUUGUCAUUGAAUUUAGAGGAAAACUGCUUCCUAGACCAGGUUGGAGAGCAGGGAAAGAUGUACGCAAGAUUCAAUUAUUAUCCUAGAUGUCCCAGACCUGAUCUGGUCUAUGGUCUCAAACCGCAUGCUGAUGGAUCGACGAUGACCAUUGUCCUGCCCGAUGAAGAAGUGCUAGGCCUGCAGUUCCUCAGAGGUGAUCAGUGGAUCAGUGUCUCCACCAUUCCUGAGGCAGUUCUCAUUAACAUUGGAGAUAUAAUGGAGAUAAUGAGCAAUGGGAUUCUCAAGAGCCCUAUGCACAGGGUGGUGACAAACGCUACAAGUGAUAGAAUCUCGGUUGCUGUAUUUUGCUGUCCAGAGGAAGAGAAUGAGAUCGGACCUGCUGAGGGGCUGAUCAACGAGGACACACUGAGAUUGUACAAGAAAAUCUUCUACUCUGAGUAUUACCAGUUAGGGAAGAGACCUAUCGAGGCAUUGAAAAUCUAGCUUCAGGUUGUUGUACCACUGCCACCUUUGUAACCAUUUUAUCCCCGGUCGAGAGGGAAUGAUUUUGGUUUCUCCAUUUGCGCUGGUCAUGCACUGAAACUACGGAUCAGGUACAUCAUGUACGGUUAAUGCCCCCUUUGUAACUAUUUAAGCACACACAGGUGAGCGCUCCGGGUCGAUGAGCACAGCAAAAUCAAUA